AUGGCAAGAGCAGGCGAUGCCAAGGCCGCGUAUGAAGCCGUCGUCGCCCAGCUGCGGACGCCAUUGCUGACGGCGGCGGUCGAUACGUUCGAGCUUCCGUACCGCGUGGCGCUGCGGCUCCGCGUCGACACGAUGCCCAGCGUGCUGGCGUGGCCGCUUGCAGUGCACGAGGUCGACCGGCUUGCAGUGGCGUAUACGCACUCGCCGGGCGUCGUGCUCGUGCCAGCGAUGAGCGUGCGCAUCGAAAAUACCAGUGCAUGGCGCAAGACCUUGACGCGCGUUGACCCGAUCGUGCGGCAAGUGCUGUCGCCGACCUCGCCCUUCAAGCUCGCCCUGGCCCAUGUGGCGCUGGAUGCGGCCGGCUCGUCGGCGUGCCUCACGCCAGCCUCGCGACCGCCGCACACGAUCGGGACGGUCGUCAUCUCGCUACCGACGUUCCAUCGCGGUGGCAACGUGACCUUUGCUGGCGGCCGUCACCGCUCGUUUUGCACCCAGCAUGCGACGACAACACACGUCUGCGCCGUGUUUGCGCCCGACGCCAACUACCUCAUCGCGCCGCUGAUCCACGGUCAACGCGUCUCUGUGGUCUACCAUGUCGUGGCCUCGGACGGCCCCGCGCAAACGACUAUUCAGGCGGCGACGGCAACGUUGCAGUCACUGGCCGCAGCGCCGUCACACACGCUGAACGUCUUCGCGCUUCGUCCGACGGCACCUACGUCGCGAGGCGUUGAGGGCCUCGCACCCGGCGACCGCGCUUUCGCCGACGCGCUCGUCGAGACGGAUGUGUACGACGUUGCCCUCAUCAACAAGGUCCAGCCGGAAGGCGCACGUGGGCCCGAGAAUAUUGGCCGCAAAGUGAGCACAACGACCGUCGCGGUGCGCCUGCCCAACUGCGAAAGCCGCUGCAACGUGACGGUCGACGCGAUUCUGUUUACGGACGCCCGCGUCGACGUGCGCUGCAUGCCAGGCCAGUGGCUCAUCUUUUGGCGCAAGGGUUUCCGCGUGCAGUUGGCCAAUAGAGCGAGCGUGGUCGAGACACUCGUCGCUGCCAUUGCACCAGGCGCCGUUCAUUCGCUCGAGACACUCCUCGGGCAGGCGGAUCUGCGGUCGCUCGUACAAGCGCUAUUGCAUCGGCCUCCGAACGCCAGCAUGGACAUCAGCCAAAGCGUCGAGCUCACAAACGUGCUCAGUGAGACGCUCUUCUACCUAUACGACCGUGCUCUUGUCGCGCACUUUAUGCGCCAGCACUGGAGUCCGGUCGACGUGCUCCACACCGCGCCGUGGCUGCCGCGCUUCUGCGCUGCGUUUGGCUGGGAGUACCUCGGGCCUGCUUUUCUCUGCAUGCUGCGCCGGUGGUGCGCCACGUCGCUUGGCAGUAGCGCGAGCUACGCGCUGGUCGUGAGCCUCGCCGGCGUCUCGCACGAGCCCAUUUGCGACCCGGUGGUGCAGCCUUUUGUGGCCGAGCUCUACCUGGACGCGCGGGUGCUGCUGCUCGACGUCGUCGCCCGGCGGGACGUCGAGGACGACAGCCUCGGUGCCAACUGCACGCGGGUUCUGCAGCUCGAGGCGUACGCGCAGCAGCACGUCGUCCGUGGUCGGUGGCUGCGCCACCGGCUGCCCGACGCGAUCGUGGCGCUCAUCUCGUCGUUUCUCAAGCCACGUGAGUCGAUGCUACGUCUCGUCGAGCGCAAGCUCUACGACCCGCUCUACGACGUUGGCGCCGCGCUUUUUGCCGUCCAAGCCCAAAAACUCGCUCUGAACGACUAUUGGUAUGCAGCGGUCGUCGUGCAAAGCUUCUUGGGUGGCGAGUACGACUACGACGACGUCCGCUACAACGUGCACACCGUCAUGGGCCUCAUCGUGGCAGGCGCCCGCACCGAGCACCUGGAUGCGGUGCUGCGGCAAUGUGUCAUCGACCGGGAGCUUGUGGUUGUGCCGGCGCUGGUCGCGGUCGCGAACCAGUGCCCGGCGCUUCUGACGCCGGCCUUUUGCGCGAUGGCGUCGGCGGUGAUUCUCGACACGACCGUGCGCAACGAGAGCGCGCUGCCGUCCAUGGACGCGAUUCUCCGCGCGUACUUUGAGCCGCUGCCACAGCACCGUGGCCACGGCCCCCGGACCAGCGUGGUCGCGAGCGCGUUUGCUUUUUUUCGGACCCACGACGCCGGGCACCUGAGUGACUUCACGGACAAGUGGCUCGCGGCCCGCCCGAGUGCGACGCGAUUGUACGACGUCAUCGUGCUCGUGCAGUCGACGCUCGGCCUCGAAGCGAACAAACUACUUGCGCGCCUCGGGCAGGCGUAUCUGGACGCGACGGCGUACCGGGAUAGCGUCGUCUACACCGACUACUGUCUGGAUGCGAUUGCCGUCCCGGAAGCGUGCUGCACCAACUGCGGCGACUUUGGACACUUUUUGCUAGCGCCGUUAAAAGUCGAGCACCGGUUUUGCCUCGAGCAUCUCUGCGCGUCCAUUGCGGAGAUUGUGUCGGCGCACCCGCUGCAGCUUCGGACGCUGAAGCACAGUGUCUUGGAGUUGGACGACGUGACCAUGUGGGGCAACGCCAUUGGCUACACGACCGCCGCCCCCACGCUCAUCGUCGACAUUAUCAAGGUGCGCCAACCGGGUCAGCUCUUGCCAAGUGAGCUCGGCAUGCGCCUGAAGCAGUCGAAGACGACGUCGACGUCGACCGUGUACCGACGCGGCGUCGUGGAAGAGCUCAUGAAGACGGCGAUGGCGAGCGAAGAAACGAGUGGAACGACCUUGGGGUAGGACUUGUGUGGGAAACCGAUUGGAUGUCAUGCAUGUGUCGAGUGAAUACAUGUUCUCUGC